UGAUGACUGACCUAUCCAUUAUUAGCGGCAAUUCAUCCUUAAAAGUUCAACCCGGUCAAAGCGCACUGUACACCCUGGCUGUGUUGCCACGGAAACGUGGGGAGCUAUCAGGUUAUCUGUCAUUUGAUGAGACUGAUCAGAGAGAUGAGAGAUGUGUUGACAAAGGUAAUAUUGUUGGACGCUACCAAGUGUUCUACACUCUGGAGAUAAUAUGUGAACCAGGAUCACCUGUGAACACCUUGAACGUGCAGUGCGCCGUUCACAGCUCCGUCGCCAUCGAGAUCCCCGUCAGUAACCCGGGAGGAGAGCUCCUCCUGCUCAACGUGGACCUGGAAGGAGCUGACUUGUGUGGAGCGGACUGGGUUUUAAUCCCCCCGCAGGAAACACUUACCUAUAAGGUCACAUUUUCUCCGGGAAAAAUGGGGAAGAGCAGAGGCAGGUUAGAGCAGUCCUCUUUU